AUGCUCCCGUUCUCCCUGUUAUUCAUUCUCAUUCCCGUUCUCGCCCAGCAGAAUUCAGAGCAAAGCUCAGUUGUCGACUAUGCUCCAAAGCUGAGCCAGCAAUGCCCAGACAUCACAAACACUGAUUUUAUUCGCGUUUUCACGCCGUCGAAUCAAACCCUCCACCCACAAGAAGCGGAGUACAUACGGACGCGUAACUCCACUGUUAUUUCUCCUGCAUGGCUUGACUGGCUCGGAAAUGGGUCCCAGCUCGGUUAUGAUCUUGCUCAGUUCAAAGACCAUUUUCCAACUAUUGGCAUUGCAAUACCCGGAGGUGGUCUACGGUCAGCGCAAUUUGGUGCGGGGGCGCUCAAUGCUUUGGAUGCAAGGAAUGACACAGCUAAAUCGAUUGGAACUGGAGGUUUGCUGCAGGUGUCUUCCUAUAUUGCUGGCUUGUCGGGUGGCUCAUGGGUGACGGGCUCUAUCUUCUUCAACAAUUUCCCCAUCAUGAAUGACCUUGUCUUGGGAAAUGGCGAUGACCUUGCCGGUUGGUUACUCGACCUUCCCUUUGCAACACCCGACGGUACCGACAUAUUCUCCGAAAACAAUCAAUACUUUUUUGGAAGCAUCCUAUGGAGCAUCAUGGCUAAAGCAAACGCGGGAGUUGACACGAGCCUCACCGACCCGUGGUCGCGCAUGAUCUCAUACCACUUUCUCAACCAAACCGACCGUGCGAACUUCUUUUCGAAUGACACUGGCCACGGUGCAGGACAGCUAUGGAGUCACAUCCCCGACAUCCCCGCCUUUCAAAAUCACCAGCUUCCAUUCCCUCUUGUCGUCGCUGAUUCCCGUCCCGUCGGAUCUAAUUUAACUACUAUUUUGGAUCUUGAUGCUGUGGUGUACGAGAUUACACCAUUUGAACUGGCUUCAUACGAUCCGAAUCUUUCAGCUGCCGUCAAUCUAUCCUUCGCAGGUACCCAUCUCUCCAAUGGAAAACCGGAAAAUGGAUCCGCUUGCGUGAGCGGUUUCGACCAGGCGGGUUUCGUGAUGGGUAGCAGUGCGAGCCUGUUCAACCAAAUCUUGGACUUUGCCCAGAACACAUUGAGCGGAUUCUCCAGCGACGAUGCCAGCGGCAUUCUCUAUGUGCUUUCGCGACAGUUACAGGAAGUUCGGACUCGCGCAGACGAUGUGGCCAACUGGCCCAAUCCUUUUAAUGGCAUCAAGGGCGACACUUUUGUUGAUUCAGAUAAAGACUGGCUGGAACUCAUCGACGGAUCAUCAAAUCAGGAGAAUAUACCAUAUGGUCCACUCUUUGUUAAGGUCCGCGGCUUAGAUGUCAUCAGUUACGUUGGAUUCCAGAAUUUAUACAGCGGGACAGGCUUACUUUUCAGUGCGAAACGCCAAGCAGAUCAACUUCUACCGUCACAUCAACAGUUUCCACCUAUUCCUCAGACACCAGAGGCAUUUAUUGAUGCGGGUGUCAACUUGCGGCCCACGUUCUUUGGAUGCUACCCUGUGCAAAACCCUCCAGAAUAUCCUCUCGUCAUUUAUCUACCCCAGGCACCACCAUUCAAUGGCGACGAUCCAGUCAUCAAUUCUGCCACGUUCCGCCUUACAUAUACCCGAAAGCACACCAGCCUUUUCCUUGAUCAGGUCUUCAAUAAUACCAUCUCAGGGUUCACUCCCAACACCACUUUAGCUGAUCCUAAUUUUCCUAUAUGUUUGCAAUGCGCUUCCGUCGACCGCGCGCGCUACAAAGUAUCGUCCAACGCGACUAUCACUCGAUCAUCAAUUUGCGAGCAGUGUUUCAAACAGUAUUGUUACGAUCCACAGAACCCACCAAGCGUUUCCGAGUUACCAGACCGGAAGUACACAUUUGUUGAUCCAGAUCCGCAAGGAUUGGAUAAGAUCUCCACAUUUUUGAGCCAGAGUAAGUUCAAGCUCAUCGGUGGGCUGAUAGGGCUGGCUGCCUUUAUAGGAUUACUUACAGGAGGACUGAUCUGGUGGAAGAAGCACCGGGAGAAAAAAUUGAACGCGGAGUACAAGAGAAUCAGCGCUUUGCACGAAGAUGAUUCGGAGACCCCCAAGAGAUUCUCCGAUUAUGUGCGUCCGGACGCAUCAUAUGCAUCAUAUUCCUCGUAUGAACUACCGGCAUACCGGGGAUCUCAGUGAAGUCCGCUUAUCAUCUGUUCCCCCCCGUGAGGGAAUUUGCUGUCGUAUUGCUUUGUUACCUGGACUUGUGUGUGUAUUUUUUCUCUGUCAUAAGCCCGUAUACCCCAGCAUCACAAACGGGACAUCUUAAUAGUAUUAACACUAGAUAUGGACCACUUAAAUACGAG